GUAAUUUCUAGUACGGUAUGAUUGUAUCGAGAUAAAAAAUGAUAACAUUGGAAUUUUUGCAUCGAAUAAAAGUGAAAUCAUUUGCGUAAAUUUCAAUUAUAGCUUUCAAUGGAUCUAAUCCAAGAUUACGAACAGCAGUACGCUGUCCUAACGGCAGAAAUCACUGCCCAAAUCGGACGCAUUGGUACUGCGAUUGGAGGUGAACGCAACAAACUGAUAGCCGAUAUCGAUCGGCAGCUGGAGGAAUCACAGGAACUGCUGGAACAGAUUGGUCUAGAGAUUCGCGACAUUCCACAGGCCUCGCGGGCGGGUUACACCUCUCGGCUAAAUUGUUACCUAGCGGAGCUGAAGCGAUUGCAGCAAGAGUUCACUAACGCAAAAUCGGUUCGCCAAAAAACAGCGAAUGGUUACGAUUCGUCCGUGGAUGAGUUUGACGAAAUCGGAAUCCAGGAGGAUCAGAAGCGAAGGUUGCUGGAUAACAGCGAGCGGUUGGAACGAACGGGAAACUACCUGAAGGACGGCUACCGAGUAAUACUGGAAACGGAACAGAUCGGGGCUCAGGUGUUACAAGAUUUGAGCGACCAGCGGGAAACUAUUCAAAGGGCUAGAGGACGACUACGUGAAACUGAUGCUGAAUUAGGACGAUCUUCAAGAUUACUAAAUUCAAUGAUACUCCGGUCACUGAGGGAGAAGAUUGUAUUGAUUUCCGUUGCGGUUGCGAUAUUCUUGGUGCUAUUUCUGAGUAUUUACUUUUCUAUGUCAUCAGAUUAAGCUCCGUGUAUGUAUUUCGUCGGAAGGAGUUUUAUGAUUGUCGUGUGAUUUUAGUAUUAGCUUAGGAGUCAGAUUACUUUUAUAUUUUAAUAUCCUUACGUUGCACACU